GUCUUUUUUCUGUUUAGAACCUCUCUUGAAUCUCACUAAGGAACAGCAAUGAGGAAGUGCCACUGUAUAGAGCCAGUUGUUGCAAUUUAUUCUUUCGCCAAUUUCAUGGCAUACCCUCUUUUGCAACAAUUUGUUUAUCAACGGUUAAGGGAGGAACGCAGCAACUCAAGUUUGCCUGCCUCUGUGAAUUCUUCACAUUGUACAGUACAAAAUAACUCCUCAAGCACUGAACAGGAAAUACAAAGAGCUGCAUCCAUGUUUUUUACGUACCUUGAUUUGAUUUCACUGAUUCCAUCGCUCAUUGUUACGUUGACCUUGGUAACAUACAGUGAUCAGCGGGGACGCAAGAUUAUCAUACUACUUCCACUCAUUGGGUCACUCUUGUCUUUCUUAGCAUACUUUUUAGUUUCCUUUUUCACUUUAAACCUUUACAUCUUUUUUGUGUCUUCCUUCUUGAGCUCACUCUUUGGUGGUUUGGGCACAUUUUUGGGUGGUUGCUUUUCAUAUGUGAUUGAUCUAUGCAAUAACAAAAACCAUAAAGCUGUUCGCAUAGCACUAAUUGACAUGCUGAUUGGUUUGUUUUCUGGUGGAGCAUCAUUGGCUACUGGAUAUUUUUUAAAAGCUGCAGGUUUUUCUUGGCCUUUUCUUGUUACUGUGCUUUUUCAGUGCCUUAAUAUUAUUUAUGUGUCUCUUCUUCUGGAAGAGACAAUCCAGCCAUCCUUAAAUAUUGAAACUACAAAGAAAGAAUUUAUUACAAAACUUUUUAAUCGUAUUUAUUUAUUGUUUGCAAACUCUACUUGCAAAAGAAACACUGUGCUUCUUCUGUUGCUACUAUCAUUUUCAAUUUAUAACUUUGCUAAUUUAGGUGGACUUUCUCUUUUUAUUCUUUAUGAAUUAAAUUCACCAUUAUGCUGGGAUGAAAUUUUAAUUGGCUAUGGCUCUGCAAUUUCAACUUUAGUAUUUCUGACAAGCUUUAUAGGUGUUUGCUUGUUUUCUCGCUGCCUUCAAGAUAUUCAACUUGUAUAUACUGGAUUGCUGUCCGUCAUCGCUGGAUUUUCAAUGGCUGCAUUUACAAAGACAACACUUAUGAUGUUUCUGGUCCGAUUACCUUUACUGUUGGCCUUAGUACCUGCUCCGGUGUUGCGCUCAAUGAUGUCAGGCUGCGUAUCAAGUUCAGAACAAGGUGCUUUGUUUGCCUGUAUUGCUGUCCUGGAAAAUAUAACCACCACUGUAGCAGUAGCCACUUUUAACAGCAUUUAUGCUGCCACAGUUUCUUGGUUUCCUGGCUUUGUUUUCCUUCUUGCUGCAGGUUUAUGCUUGAUACCAAUGUGCUUAAUGAGUGUUCUUACUUUGAAUCCUCAACUAUCAGAAGAAAAGAGAGAACUUUUGAAGGAAAAUAAUAAUGAAAAUGAAUAACAUACUGCACCUAAGCAUGAAAAUGAAAUCUAAAUGAAUGUCAAAAUGCCAUUCGAUGAUGGAAGAUGUAAUCUUAGGAAACAUCAAAGUGGCAAGUUACAAAAGAAGAUCAUGUAGACACAGUAGUCAGCAGUAUUAGGCAAUAAAAUGUUUAAUCUAAAUAGGAUGAUUAAAUAUAUUGUAAAGAUAUUAAUUAAAUAUAGUUUUGCAUAAAAGCUUU